CAAAAUGUGAAUUAUCCUCUGAUCUGUUCGAAACUUUGAAAGAAGACGUAUAUUCAGUGCUACAAAAGUUCGGCGACAGGCAAAACAUUAACAGUCAUGAAAAUGCAAAAAAAAGAGCGAGAAAAUUGUUAUCAAGCUUUGACAAGACAUGUUCAUCAACUGGAGUGAGACGUUUUAUUGAUGGAUUAAAACUAAGAGAUGAAGAAAUAGAGUUUCGUACAACAUUGUUUCGCAAAAUAACAUCGUCAAACACGUUACAAGCACUAGAGGAACAUCGCGUGGUCAGAACAUUAAUUGAAGAUAUACGCAACCCGGACGAGUUAGAACACCAAGUUUUACCAGCCGGAAACUCUGGAACUCAAAGUAUUAAUAGUUAUCAGAGAAAACAUCAUCGGGAUGAAACGACAGAUGAUGAUGAACCGGAAAAGCAAUGUAGGAUUAGGAAAACUUCUACGGAUGAAAGUAAGAGAAUCAUUAGACAAGAGUCAUCGACAUCAUCAGGACAAAACGAUAUCGAAGUUGACGAGAUAGAUAUGCUGUUGUCAGAGAAUCCAAUCAUCCAAAGAUUGAUAGAAGCCGGUGGAAUUGGUCGAUAUAAAAUUGUCUUCUUGCCAGAAGAAAACGAUUGUGAUGCAAUCAAGUCAAUAUUCAAUAAGAAUGAGUGGUCGAAACUAGAAAUAGAUUGGAUUAAUGCUGAGAAGAAAACGAUACCUUCUAGUAAUGUAAUGAAUGAGAAUAUUAGCACGUUAUUAAAAAAGUACAGUGAUGGUAUCAAUGAAGCGACGUUCGGAUACGAUGUGGACUUGAGGAAAUUGUCCGUUUUAUUUGAUGAAACUUCAAUUGCAAGUCGUGACACGUACAUUUUUACUCGCGAAUGGCCUACACAAUGGAUCAAAUCUAUUUUUAAUGCAUUUUUACUGUGUUUCCAACUACCAAUAAACCCGCUUCACGAUUGUAACUUAUCCGAAUAUUCCUACAGAGAUAGGAUUGUUAAUCGUAUUAUAGAAGAUAUUUUUCUAGACACCUAUAGUUUUAUUCGCGUUAGGACAGGUGAAGUCGAAAAUACAGAUCGUAAAGAUCAGAAAAAUUCUGCAAGGCCACAAGGACAACGAC